AAUGGGGAUAAGCAGCAUUACUCAUUGGAAUAUAGUCAGUCGGCUCCUGUCCUGCCUGCCUAUCAAUUCAGAUUUCAGAGCGAAAGAAAGAGGGAGACACCCGUGAAUCGUGAUGAGAUGAUGGAAUUUGGCCCGGAAAGGGAAGAUAAGGUGGGAGAUUACGAGUACAACAGAGAGUUGAACGUGAAGAAGGCGAGGCUAAACUCGACGCUCGACGCUCUGCUCCACGAUCCUAUACUCGCCGAUGUCCCCAAUAACCCAACCUUGUCGGACGUCGACACCCUCAUCAGCCUCGAACUGGGUAGCGCCAUGCGCCUUUCCGUCCUCAAAUUGGACGGCACUUCCUUCGAUGUGGCGAUGAUGAAUUCGGCAACGGUUAAGGAUUUGAAGCUUGCAAUCAAGAAGAAAGUGAACGACAUGGAGCAAUCCAAGAUGGGUCAUCGUCACAUUUCAUGGAAGCAUGUCUGGGCGAAUUUUUGCCUAUCGUACAAUAAGGAGAAGCUACUUGAUGACAACUCUCUGCUUCAGGUUUUUGGCAUACAUAAUAAUUCUCAGGUAUACUUUAUACCCUAUGUCAUGGCAAAGGGUUCUCAAAGGCAUUCAAAGGGGAGAAAACACCGUUUCUUUCAUGGUCUUAACAAGAAGGCAUGAACAAUGAAUCAUGUUGCUUGAUCUCAUGGUGCUGCACAGUGUUCCACUCCAUUUAAAUCUUCCUACAAGAAUAUUAGCAUUUGUAUAUAUAUCAACUCUGCAUGUCCCCCCAUGUUUGGUAAACUGAAAUAUUUGGAAGACUAAGAUGGCACUAAGAGUAGGACUGUAGAAGGAGGUUUUUUAUCGGGGUUUUAGGCAGUGAGAGAUCCUAGAGUGAUGAAUACUUCUCACCUUCUAUUUGCAGAUGAUACUAUGUCGUUUUGUGAUGCUGAUGCUGAAAAACUACUAAAUUUCAUGUUGGUUCUUUUAUAUUUCAAAGCAAUGUUGGUUCUGAGAA